AUGGCGGAUGCUGCAACGCAACGAGGCCGGGGAGGCGUGCGCGGAGGGAUGAGAGGAGGCAGUACCGAUCGGGGAAACAAAUCAUCAUCGGCGGCAACCCGUGGGAGAGGUGGCCGUGGCAGAGCAAAUACUGGACUCGUGAACACUCGUGGUCGUGCUGCGGGCACCUCGGCCAGAGGCGCGUCCCAUAUAGCACGCUCAGCUACAAUAUCCUCGGCGAGUUCAGGAGUCUCCAGCUCUCCGUUCGCACAAUUGAAUCAAUCCAAACAAUCUCGUACCGCGUCACCCUUUUCGAAUGCCACAUCCGGUCUUCGUCAACCUCGCAAGGAAUCGCCAUUAGCUGCUGCUGCCGCCGCGGAUAAUGUCUUCAAUCCUAGCGCGGCGCAGCGCGCCUCGAAACAAAUACCCAAUGGUCAUGCCCACGGAGCGCUCGCAAACCAGAAGAAGCCCGAGAUCGCUUCCGUCUCCGGUUCAUUUCAAGACCGCUAUGAGCAGCUUAAACUCGACCGCGCCAAACAAAGACAACAAGCCAUCCAAGAUGGUCUUAUGGCCGAUCCAAAUCAACCCACCUCUCUCAAAAAGGCCAUUCGGCCCGUAGGCACCUGCGAGAGCAUGUGUCCAGAAUUUGAGCGUGUGGAACGCAUAGUGCAGAAGAUGGUGGACCGCAGCGAAAAGCAAUUCGAUCCGGCGACAAAUGCCAUGCAGAACGUAGAAGGCAAGAUGUUAAAACGAUUCCGUCGCUCCGCAGCUGGCUACGACGAGCAGCUUCCCUCAGAUAUCCGGACGCCAAAAACUCUGCUUCAAGCCACCAAUUAUCUCAUACGAUACAUUGUGGGUAGCAACGAACCUCUCGGAAUCGUUCAUAAGUUUGUUUGGGAUCGAACGCGCUCAAUCCGCAACGACUUCUCCGUUCAGCAGGUUACCCACGAAGCUGACGUCAAGGUGGCUGUCCUUUGUCUGGAAAGAAUCGCGCGCUUUCACAUUCUCUCGCUUCAUCUCCUUUCAAGCCCUGCAAACGAGGAACAAUUUGAUCGUCAUCAGGAACGCGAGCAGCUCAACAACACCAUGCUUUCGUUAAUGUACUACUAUGACGAUAAUCGUGGCCGCGUUUUCUUUCCGAACGAAGAAGAAUUCCGGGCUUACUAUAUCAUUUUCUCCAUACACGACCAGCGACCGGACCUUGAAGCACGGGUGCAAAAGUGGCCCGCGGCGCUGCUGAACUCCCCUCGUGUCCAGGUGGCCUUGGAGCUGUACGCAGCGGCCUGCAAUACGUGGGAAUAUCAAGGUACACUGGAUUCGCGCCGGCCGAAUGCAAUUGCGCAAGGGUUCUACUCGCGCUUCUUUCAUAUCAUCGACUCCCGAAGUGUCUCAUAUCUAAUGGCCUGUGUUGCUGAGAUCUACUUCACCCAUGUUCGGCAGACAACCAUCCGUGCAAUUUGGAAGGCUUACUGUCGGGUUCCAGUAUCGCAACAGCACAAGAACGAAGAAUGGACACUAGAGCAGUUGACCAAAGUGCUUUACUUUGAUGAUGACGAGCAGACCCUCAAGUUUUGCGAGGAGCAAGACCUUCAAUUCUCCGAAAACAGUAAUGGAGAGAAGUAUCUGAACUGGGGCAGUCGCCCGGUUGAUUCAGUUGGAUUUUCGCCGUCUUCCGAGCAUGCUUUCUCUGAGACGUAUGUAGAAUCGAAGCGUGCGGGGCGAAACUUGGUUUCCGUCAUUCUUGGAAUGUCUGUUCGGGAAGCCGCAUCAAUAGGCAUGAUCGACAAGUCUGUGAUUCCUGAUCGUAUGCAAACCAACGCCGAAGAGAGCCAGGUUUCUGGCGAGAAGAGAAUGGUUCUCGGCGACAAGGACGACAUUAUCCCCGCUCCUGCUACACAAUCCGUUCCCUCACCUUUUGGAGGCAACGCUGUAGCCUCAACAUUCCCUAUGAAAGAUAACCCGAAUCCGUUCCAACAGCAGCAGCCCCCGUCACUUGCCUUUGAAACUCCCGCUCAAGUACCUACGACAACGAGCCAAUCUGGCCCAUCUACUGCCCCCAAUCCUUUCUCAGGCAUGUUCUCUGGCACCGGCACCGGCAAUCAGCUGAAGCCAGCCUCUGUGGUUCCAUUCCCUGCCGAAGAACCUUCCACAACCUCACCAUUCUCUUUCGGAAAGCCUUCGCAAACAACACAGACCGCAGCCAUUGCUACGUCGUCAGAUUCUUUGAAGCUGGAAAGUGACACAGAACUCACAGCCAUUUCUGCUCCCAAUCCAUUUCCCUCUGCAUUUUCUGGCAACAGUACGGAGAGGAUCUCUCAAGCGGUCACGACAGAUCCCCUGAAUUCCAGAAAAGCCUCCGCUCCCUCGCCAUUUGCAUUUCCAACAAAAACAACAAAAUCACCACUGAGUACACCCGUCGCUCCAUCCGUCGAUUUUUCGACGCCAACCAUUAAUACAUCCGCAAAAGAUGGAACACAGCCUGCACCUUCUCCGUUUAGCUUUUCCAAUCCAGCGAUUGACACGUCAGCAAAAGACAAGACGCUCUCUGCUUCCUCUCCGUUCAGUUUCCCCAAGCCAGCGGGUAUGGCUGAUAUGAGCGGAUCAACGAGCACCACAUCUCUCUUCAAACCGACUGAAAUGGUUGGCAGUGGUGCCAGUCAGACAGUAUUUCCUCCACCCUCGGUGCCCAAGGCAGACCAAGCGCUCCAGCCCAGUGCUGCCUCCCAGGCCACCAUUCCCUUUUCUUUUCCCAGCACAAAUGUGACGAGCCCGAAAGAGAACACUGCAGGCAAUUUGCCUAAUCCCUUUGCCGCCUCCUUGUCUUCCUUUAGCUCGUCGAAGCAACCUUUGUUGUCAUCAAACACCAACAACGGCUUCAACGUGCCUACAUCACAAGACCAUCCGGUCGGACCGGAAGAUAGCGUGAUCUCAGAGUCUACCCAGACAUCAACCUCUCAAUCCCAGCCCGGACCCUCGCCGUUAUUGAAUGGUACUCCGGUUUUCCCGUCGACAGUACCUUCACCCCAGCCAUCGUCAGGCGGCGUCGCACCAAUCAAUCCGUCACAUCUGUUUGCACCCAAAGGCGUCGUACCGAGCAAUGUAUCUGCUCCCGCGGAGUCCACCAAGCCAUCUUUCCCCGAGCAGGUCGCCCAAACAUCUAUAUUUGAAAUUUCAAGCUCACAGAGUACCAAAGAGACACCAGAGGAGUCCUCGAAGUCUUCGGCACUUGUCUCCGAGCCAGGACUUGAUAAAGCGUCUAAGCCUAAGAAGGUGCCAACGCUUUUUGGACCUUCCGCAGAGGCCUCCACUUUCGUUUCGUCGCAGAUGCAGAAACCCCUAUUUCCACCCAGCAGUACAGUUUCUACUACGGUCUCGGCUGGCCACGCGAAGGACUCAGAUCUGUCACCCAACCCGAACAUGUUCCACAUGAAGGCAGCAGAAAAUGCUUCUCGGAUGGCAGUGCCGCAAGAGCCCGCUCUCACAGUCUCUCAGCUGGACCAUUCAGCAGUUUCACUCGCAUCUGCUCAAUCAUCCAUUUCUUCUGAAGGCAGUCAGUGGCGUCCGCCCCAAACCAAAGAAGAGGAGGUUGCGUUGUUCAAACGUAUCAUGAAGCGCGCCGAGGAGAAGGCUCUGCGCAAGGAAGACAAGCGCAAGCGCAAGCGCGUUUUGGAGGAGCAAGCACUCGCUGACACCUUACGCGAGGAACGACGAAAAGCGUCCAAGUCAGCGAGCCCCGACGAGCAAGAGUCUGCUACGAAAAAAUUUUCAUUGGCCGAAUCAUCCAUCAAAGCUCUCCCGACCCUGCCCUGCCUCGAAAAGACAAAGCGACUUCUUGAGUCAAAACCGUCCGUUGAUCCGGAGCUGGAACUUUCUAAGAAGCGUCAACGUGAGAUUGAUGAAGACGAAUUGCUGCUCAAUUCUGCUCGCAUUGUCGCUGAGCAGUUACGAACUGGGCCCAAAAUUUUCGAUGAGAUGUCACCACAGAGCUUGGCGGACUAUAACGCUUAUCAUGCGUAUUGGGAGCAGCGCAGCAAGCGCCCUUUCUCCUACAGUCACAGCGCGAGCCCCUCGGCAACCCCGAUUGCACAGAGCGCAUCACCCCCGCAGUUCCCACGACAUCCCUAUGAGGUCGCGUACGCACCUGACAAGUCCACCGGUCUUGGCAGAACAAUGUCUCGCACGGAGUACCGUAUUCGAAUGACCGGAGGCCACGGGUUGGCGUACAAGCCUCUGGACUUCUCGCGUUCACGGACUUCCGAGGGACAGAGGCUCAAGAGCCAAGAGAAGGAGAGUGGCAAAAGCCGGUUUGCAAUGAGUGGAUAG